GCGGAGCCCAAGCCGUGCCGCGCGGCGCCAUGAAGGGCAAGGAAGAGAAGGAGGGCGGCGCACGGCUGGGUGCCGGUGGCGGCAGCCCUGAGAAGAGCCCGAGCGCCCAGGAACUCAAGGAGCAGGGCAACCGGCUCUUCGUGGGCCGCAAGUACCCGGAGGCGGCGGCCUGCUACGGCCGCGCCAUCACUCGAAACCCUUUGGUGGCGGUGUACUACACCAACCGAGCCCUAUGCUACUUGAAGAUGCAGCAGCCUGAACAGGCAUUGGCCGACUGCCGGCGUGCUCUGGAGCUUGAUGGGCAGUCAGUGAAGGCCCACUUCUUCCUGGGUCAAUGCCAGCUAGAGAUGGAGAGCUACGAUGAGGCCAUCGCCAAUCUACAGCGAGCCUACAGUUUGGCCAAGGAGCAGCGGCUCAACUUUGGGGAUGACAUCCCCAGCGCCCUGCGUAUUGCUAAAAAGAAGCGCUGGAAUAGCAUUGAGGAGCGGCGUAUCCACCAGGAGAGCGAGCUGCACUCCUACCUCACCAGACUCAUUGCUGCAGAGCGCGAAAGGGAGCUGGAAGAGUGUCAGAGGAACCACGAUGGUGACGAGGAUGAUGGGCAUAUCCGAGCCCAGCAGGCCUGCAUUGAAGCCAAGCACGACAAGUACAUGGCAGACAUGGAUGAGCUCUUCUCUCAGGUGGAUGAGAAGAGAAAGAAGAGAGAUAUCCCCGACUACCUGUGUGGCAAGAUCAGCUUUGAGCUGAUGCGGGAACCCUGUAUUACACCCAGUGGCAUUACUUAUGACCGCAAGGACAUUGAGGAGCACCUGCAGCGUGUGGGCCACUUUGACCCUGUCACUCGGAGCCCUCUGACCCAGGAACAGCUCAUCCCGAACUUGGCCAUGAAGGAGGUCAUCGAUGCGUUCAUCUCUGAGAACGGCUGGGUAGAGGACUACUGAGAUCCCUCGUUCCGCCUUGCCUGGCACUGUAGCCCAGGAGGGUCCUGGGACACAAGCCCCUGUCCCAGUACAUCGUUUGUGUCCCUGGGCCUGCCCCCAUCAGUCCUGCUGGUGGGCUGUGGACUGCUCCCCCUCAGAAUACCCCUUGCUGGGCCAUGAGCCUCUCCUGUCCCCCUUCUAGGCUGGGAAGCAGCUGAGGGUGGGCUGGGCUGAGGUUGCUGCUGCUGCUGCUGCCACUGUCCUGUAAUAAAGUCUGUGAGCACCA